UGGCGUAGAGAGAUGAAAUCGCUUCCUGCCGACUCUGUUGUUGCUGCUGUCGCCGGUUGCAGUGCCCUGUGCAAGUUUAACACCAGUUUCAUCUGCCUGUGAGGACUGCAUCUCCUCAUAGAAAGAAACUGGAUGGCUUCUAAUGUGAGUCUGACUCUGGAUAAAGAAGCCUUGUUGAAAGAUGGGAUUCCCCCCACAAAAAAGCCCAGGAAGUUGUUGCCUAGUCUAAAAACCAAGCGGCCCCAGGAGCUCGUGCUGGUGAUUGGGACUGGCAUAAGUGCAGCUGUCGCGCCUCAAGUGCCGGCCCUGAAAUCAUGGAAAGGCCUAAUCCAGGCCUUGCUGGAUGCUGCUAUUGACUUUGACCUCCUUGAAGACGAGGAACGGAAAAAAUUUCAGAAAUGUCUCCGAGAAGAUAAGAACCUCAUCCAUGUUGCCCAUGACCUUAUUCAGAAAUUGUCGCCGCGCACAAGCAAUGUCCGUUCCACAUUCUUCAAAGACUGCUUGUAUGAGGUCUUUGACGACCUGGAGUCCAAAAUGGAAGACACCGGGAAACAGCUUCUCCAGUCUGUGCUCCAUUUGAUGGAGAACGGUGCCCUCGUGCUCACCACCAACUUCGACAACCUGUUGGAAAUUUAUGCUGCGGACCAAGGGAAGCAGCUUGAAUCUCUCGACCUCACAGAUGAGAAAAAGGUGCUGGAGUGGGCACAGGAGAAAAGGAAGCUUAGUGUUUUACAUAUCCAUGGAGUGUACACAAACCCCAGUGGAAUAGUGCUGCAUCCUGCUGGCUACCAGAAUGUCCUGCGCAACACAGAGGUCAUGCGGGAGAUCCAGAAGUUGUACGAAACAAAAUCAUUCCUGUUUCUGGGCUGUGGUUGGACUGUGGACGAUACCACAUUUCAAGCCCUCUUCCUAGAAGCUGUGAAGCACAAAUCCGACUUGGAGCAUUUUAUGCUUGUGCGCCGCGGCGACGUGGACGAGUUCAAGAAGCUCCGAGAAAACAUGCUGGACAAAGGGAUUAAGGUGAUUUCCUAUGGGAACGAAUACGCAGACUUGCCUGAAUAUUUUGAGAGGCUUACAGAUGAGAUCUCCAACCGGGGUCGAGCAGGUCUGCCUCGAGAAGGACAGCUAAAUGGCACAGCUGGAACACACACUGAAAUGAAAGUUUAAGGGCAGGGUCUGCAGUACCCACCCAGAUGACGGAAGACCCUGACCUCUGUUCAGAGUGCAGCUCCGGAGCUGGCCAAGCCCCCUGGGCGCUACAGGUUAAUCCUUAUGCUGACAACCGAAAGUAAGGUACCGGGCGGCUCAGUAGGGCACAUGGCUCUCAAGGUCACUCCGGAAGGAAAAAUGAAGCAUUACUUUCUCUGCGGCUGGUUCUUGACGUGCCCGGGUUCUGGCUGCUGCCCUGACACGAGAAACUCCUUGACUUGACACAACGCUCCUGACUCGGGCACGAAGACUCGUCUG